AUCAACUGAUGGAAUACGGAUAGCAAUUGACCCGAACCCGACCCGUGACAAAGAAAACCCCCCAAAACCUCAUCCCUCCAGUCGACAGUCUCCUCCUUUCCGGCCUUGCCCUCUCCUUCUCAGUCUGCUGCUUGCAGGGAAUGUGAAAGAGAUAUCAAUUCAUGAGACAGAUCUCAUCGUGAUGGAUAAUUGUGAUCGUUCGUAGGAGAGACUGAAACCCAUUAUAUAGUUGUUCAUGAUUGAGUCUCGACGGGGAUGAGAAGUUUCCUUUCAAUGAAUUCUCUCAUUUGUCCUUUAUCACUGCCCCUCCUUCCGUCUCUCGCCCGUGAUUCGCAGCCUCGUCUGGCCCCACAACAUCUCGUGAAUGGCCGCCUCUGUAAAGAUCCCCCUUCAUGUGGUUUGGUUUCAUUUCGACUGUCACGGUUCCAUCACCCAUCUCCUGUCUCUGCUACUUCUGCUCCUAAUGAGGGGACCGUUUCUGUUGUUAACUUUGAGGAACUCUUGGAGAAGGACUGGUCCUUUCUCGAGAUGGAUGGCGUAGGCUCUGAUGCUACUCAUUGUCAGAACGUGGAUCGUAUAUUAUCUGCAGGAAAGGUAGAACCGACCUCUAAGGUUUUGGUCUCAUUUGGCUCUGAAGUGCUUGUAGAUAAGCUGGUCGAAUCAUCAAAGUGCCAGCUUCUGCUCGUAGUUCACGAUUCCCUCUUUGUGUUAGCUGGUAUCAAGGAGAAAUACGACCGGGUUAAGUGCUGGCAGGGUGAACUGAUAUAUGUGCCGGAGAAGUGGGCCCCUCUUGACGCCGUGUUCAUAUACUUUUUGCCCGCUUUACCUUUCACUCUUGACCAGAUUUUUGGGGCGCUAGCCAAACGAUGCCUUCCAGGUGCAAGAGUGGUUAUUAGUCACCCCGAAGGCAGGCAAGUCCUGGACCAGCAACGGCGUGAGAACCCAGAAGCUGUUAUCUCCGACUUGCCCGACGAGACGGCUCUGCAGAAAGUCGCAGCUGAGCAUUCCUUCACAGUGACCGAAUUCAUCGACGAGACCAGGCUUUAUCUUGCCGUUCUGACAUUCAACAAAUCAUAAGAUGCAGAAGCCAUGCAGCUUCAAGUUACCUUGUAUUGUAUAUAUGGAACACUUGAAUACCCUGAAAGUAGUCUCUAGGUACUCCGGCAACUGCUGCCUGUUCCAUUAGCCUCGGUUCUCACCGUGUUGUAAAACCAUUUCCAAUGUUACUCCGAGUAGAUCAUUUGAAACUCCGGUAACUGUAAGACAGAGGGACCAAAUUGUUGAAAGUGUGUCUAUUCAUGAAACCAGAUUGACCA